CGGAUACCAUCGGAUGGAGUCUGCGGAUCGCAACUCCCUCUACAGUUUUUGGGCCGCGUUGACCGACAUUGCACGUCUCGAGCACGCGUACGGCAGUAUAACAUCGCUCGGACCUGCGCUACAACUCUGGUUGCGUAUACCUUCAUUCAGCUCGCUUCCGCCACUUUCCCGGAACAGUCAGCAAUUAGCAACAGCGAACUGCCAUCAUGUCUAAGGCCAUUGUCAACACCCAUCCAUACCCUUUCCAAUUCGAAGACCCAGUCUCUGUAGGCAAGCAGGGCAAGUCGGAUCUCGGACGAGAUGUGACGCUCAAUCUCCCCAAUGUGCGCGGCCGCAUCCCUUCGAUCCAGGCAUCGCGGCUGCGGACAAUGAUGCUCGAGGCCCAUCGUGACCCCACCAAGAUCCUUGCGCAUUGCUGCUCUAUGGACGGUCUUUCGUCACGUUUGGUAGAGGAGGCAGGCUUCCCUAUGGUAUUUCUUGCGGGUUAUCCUUGCGCGAGCAGUUACGGCCUCCCAGACACUGGUUAUAUUGCAAUGCAGGAGAUGUGCGACAAGAUCCAGGAGUCGGUUCGGCAGGUCAGCGUGCCGGUCAUGGCUGAUGGGGACACCGGCUACGGCAGCCCAAUGAACGUCAAGCGGACAGUGGAGUGCUAUGCACUAGCAGGUGCCGCAGGCAUCAUGAUCGAGGACCAGACCUGGCCCAAACGAUGCGGCCAUACGAAAGGUAAAGCUGUUGUCAGUCGUGGGGAAGCAUACGCACGAAUCCAAGCCGCAGUAGAUGCCCGCAACGAAGGUCUGGACAUCUUCGUCCUUGCCCGUACCGACAGCCUCAUUCUUGGCUGGGACGAAGCAAUGACCCGCGCCAAGGAGUUCCGGCGCAUCGGCGUCGAUGCGGUCUUCGUAGAAGCCUUGCCCGACCGGGACUCGAUGAAGAGAGCCGUACAAGAGAUCGGUAUCCCGACGUUCGCCAACAUCAUCGAAGGCGGCUUGACCCAGAACCUGUCUGCCAAAGAACUGGCUGAGCUCGGGAUGUGCGCUGUCGCUUACCCGUGGCGCUUGGUGGCUGCCAAGUUGAAGGCAAUGCGUGAAGCGCUCGAGUCACUGAAAGAAAGUAUGACGGUAGGCGCACCGCCCGAGAUCCUAAGCUACUCGGAAGUGUGUGAAGGUGUUGGCUUUAACAAGUAUUGGGAGCGGGAAGAGAGGUAUAAGUACAACGAAGUGGGUCUGGUCAACCAAAUGACUGGGGGUGUUGUCAAUGGUGUCAAUGGCGCUAAUGGCAGCCAUUAAGUGUGCAAUAAGGCAAGGCAUGGCGAAGUGUUGGUCAGGGGAGUGCGCCCCGUAUCUGGUCGUUUUGACACC